AAGGUGUGUAAAAAUUAAGAAGAGGAAAUUAAACGACGAUUGUUAAUCGCGUACACACGUUGCGAUUCGUACACGCGAAGAUAAACGAACCCAAUGUGUAUCAUGUACUAAUAUAAUAAUACACCGUUGCCGCUUUGCUGGAUAUAACAAUGUCGUCACGGUUGUAAUUAUAGGUAUCCUCGUUGUAAUAACUGUGCAAACGGAGUAAAUAUUGCUCCCCCCGUUCGCCCCUUCAUCCGUUCCCCUCGGCGUGUCACCCCUCCCAACCGAGGCCUCCCGCUUUGAAGAAGAAUCGCGAACGAAACGUUGUUUACGGUCUUCAUCCCCUUGAUCGUGGUCGUCUUUGGUGUUUCGGAGUAACAUUAGCGAGAGAUUGAUAAAGAAGUUCGCGGUUUAAUCGAAACACGAUACGCGAACAAAUAUCGUACACGCGAAACACCGAUAUUCACUCACUGGCUCUCUCCAACUGACAAGAGCUGGCGCAGAGACGGAGAUACUUGACGCGUAUAAAAGGAUAAAAGAAACAACGUGACGCAUGGAAUUCUUACGGAAGUGGAUAUUGCCUGGGGAGGUGCGUCUCCCUGACUCGAGCCUCAGUGAUUACGGACGGAUAAUGUCUGUCGAAGGGGUGCAGUGAUAAAACGAGUUACGUACGUACGAGAAAACUAAGGAAAUCGGUAAUAUUCGGGGCCGGAUGCGUCGCGACGGGACGAUCAGGCCGCUGAGCAGAACCGGGCGCAGGUGGAUUUCCGAUCAUCUUAUCAUCGUCGCUCUUCUGCUUCCGGAUCGCGUUAUCGACGAGUAGAGGAGCCGAGGCGAGACUGCCGCCGGUCGUCGCUGGCUGCUGCUGCUGCUGAAAAACCGCGUGUGUGUAAAACUAGAUCGCCGAUCAGUGCAUGGGAAGGACUUUUUUUCACCCGUUAAUCACCGCCGUCGGUUGUGCGCGAGGUGCCGGUGCAACGAGGAGCCAAACGACUCCGAAUACCAAGAGGUAUGUCGGCGAGGCGGAAGCAGGCCCGACCCAGCCGAGCCCAACUCGAAGAGGAACUUCUCGUUCGGGGCCCACUUCUUCGGACGGCCUCGGCAUCUCUGCAGAAAUCGAACCCUGACGAUAUACGAGAGGGAAACGACUCGGGGUCCGAGGGAGAGGAGAUCGGGGGUGGUCGGGUCGUGGGUGGAGGAGGGAGCGGCGGCGGCGUCGGAGACGAGGCGGUCGACCUCACGUCGACGCGGUCUCACCACGGUGACGAUGAGGACAGAGACGAUCAAGGAGGGAGCGAGGAGCUCCCGAUGGAGGAGGACUACGAUGACGGGGUCGAGGACACCGCGGAGGGGCAGGAGGAUGAUGAGGAGGAGGAGGAGGGGACGCGGAAGCAGAUACGACACAGACAGGACGCUGAGAACAACAACAGCUUCGUCGAAGGUGCGGCACCCCCAACUACCGGGAUAUUCCCGCCGGCCGGUGCCAGCCACGUAACCCUCGAGGCCCUGCAGAAUACGAAGGUUGCCGUAGCCCAGUUCGCGGCUACGGCCCUCGCCGGCGGGGCCGACAGCGAAGCCGCCCUCCAGGACCUCGCCCUCCUCCAGAGCACGCUCUACACGCUACAACACCAGCAGGUCUUCCAGCUACAGCUGAUAAGCCAGCUGCAGCAGCAGCUCUCCAUAACCCACAACCAACCGACGUCGGCGAGCUCUCACGCCCCCGGUGACGUCCCCCUUGGUAACGAGGGACUCAAGGACGAAGGCUCCCCGUCGCCCAGCAUUCACCCGAAGCCCCUUUCCGCCCUGACGUCACCACCCCCCUCCCGACCCCCAAGUCAUCAUCAGCACACCACGUCGCCGUGCCCUUCGACGCCGGUCAGCCUGUCACAGGAACACGCGGUACCGCCGUCGAGCGUCUCGCCUCUCGGUCUGCCUCUUCCGGCGUCGACGGGAGUCGCGGUGCCCCCGACGAUCGGGGGGGUCGGCGUCGCACCGACGACGACGAGCGCCAAUCAGCAGACCAAUAGUAGCAACAAUCAUAUGUCAUUGUCUCAUCAAAUGCCGUCUCUAUGCUCCAUUAGCUCCUCGCUGGCUUCCACAAUCAUCACGAACACCGACCCCCCGCCGCUCCACGAGCCGAACACCCUCGAAAUGCUCCAGAAACGAGCGCAGGAGGUGCUCGACAACGCGAGCCAGGGCCUACUGGCCAACAACCUUGCCGACGAACUAGCGUUCAGGAGCGGCAAGGGCUCGCGCCUUUCGCCGUACGAUUCUAAGUCGGGGGGAGGCCGCGGGGAGCCAUUCUUCAAGCACCGCUGUCGGUACUGCGGCAAGGUCUUUGGCAGCGACUCCGCACUCCAGAUACACAUCCGAUCACACACAGGUGAGCGACCCUUUAAAUGCAACGUCUGCGGAAGCCGAUUCACCACCAAGGGAAACCUCAAGGUUCACUUCCAGAGGCACACGGCCAAGUUUCCCCACGUUAAAAUGAACCCGAACCCCAUACCCGAGCACCUCGACAAGUAUCAUCCCCCCCUACUCCAGCAGUUGGCUGCCCCCGGUCAGAGGCAACUCACCUCACCGCCACCUCCGGCCCCCCAUCAUCCCCCCUUUCAUCCGGCAGCGGCGCACGGAUUUCUCCCGCCACAACCGCCCCUACCUCUCACCCUAACUCUACCUGGUAUGCCACCCCUCUACCGAACCCCGGUGCCCGUCAACCACUGCAGGGACGAGCAGGACGUACCGGAGAACCUGAGCAAGCCAAUCGGCGGUGCGACGAUUUCAACCCCGUCCCCCCGUUCGCCCGUCACUCAUUCGAACUCGCAUCAUUCCUUUCACGACCAACCGCUCCAUCCGUCGUCGUCGCUGCAGAAGCACCAGCCGCAGCCGGGUCACGAGUUGAAAUUGGAGACAGCAAGGUCGCCGACGACGCAGGAGUCCCCCACGGAACCUUACCGACCUGUCCGACCCGCGAGUCAGGAGGAUGGAAGCGGGGAACGUGUAACGCCGAAGCGGGAGCCCGAGGAGGCUGAGGAGACUGCCGAGGAGGAAAUUGACGAUUACGAGGAGACGAGGCGAUACCUUUGCGCAUCGCCGCAGUCGACGGCGAAUCCAACGUCGCAGGCUCAACCGUUCGAGGAUUGCAGCAUGGACAGUAAGAUGAGCGGUCGCCUCGAGGGCGACGGUGAUAUGGAGGGGGACGAGGAGAUGGAGGAGCAACCCGAGAACCUGUCGAGCAGAGGGGCAACCGGACGACUACCUCAGCAGACGGUUGGAUAUCCGGGGGCUUCGCCGGCUAGCAGUAGCGCCAGCAGUGGAAGUUUGCAGUUCUCCUUUGCCGGUAUGCUUUUUCCCGGACCACCUUCCCAUCAGCAACAGCAACAGCAACAGCAGCAGCAGCAACCCCAUCACCAGUUCUCGGUCGGACCCGCAACCCCUACCGGUCCCUCGGGAGAGAUGAUGGUCGAUCCUGCGAGGGACCCGGCCAUCUACUCAAACCUCCUACCGCGGCCGGGCAGCAACGACAAUUCCUGGGAAAGCCUGAUCGAGAUCACGAAGACCUCGGAAACCUCGAAGCUUCAGCAGCUGGUCGACAACAUCGAGCACAAGCUGACCGACCCUAACCAGUGCGUCAUUUGCCACCGGGUGUUAUCCUGUAAAAGCGCGCUCCAGAUGCACUACAGGACUCACACGGGGGAGAGACCGUUCAAAUGUAAGAUAUGCGGCCGCGCCUUCACGACAAAGGGAAAUCUCAAAACUCACAUGGGUGUGCACAGGGCUAAACCACCGCUCAGGGUGCUCCACCAGUGUCCCGUAUGUCAUAAAAAGUUCACCAACGCCCUCGUCCUUCAACAACAUAUCCGACUUCACACCGGCGAACCAACCGACCUUAGUCCCGAGCAGAUCCAGGCCGCGGAGGUUAACGAGUUUCCAUCCGCCUACCCUCACCAUCCCCUCGCCUCCUUCCUCCCCCAGGGUUUUCCCUCACUUCAUUCCACAGCGGGGGCCGGCUUCGCUCUGGGGUUUCCGCCCUCGAGGCAGCACCACCUCGCGGACCGGCACGAGAACCACGUGGAAGGUAAGGAUGCUCGGCACCACCUCCACCAUCACCACCUCCACCAGCACCAUCAGCUGCAGCAGCAACAGCAGCAAGAUAGAUAUCUGGACGAACAGGGCGAUGAGAUGGACGAUCAAGAGGACGAGGACGAGGGCAGAGAGGACGACGACCGUUGCGAGGAGGCGCGGGAAAGGCAAAGCGCCGACGGGGACGAGGCGGACGAUAUCCAAGAGGAGAUUGACCGACAGAGGCAGGCCUCGGUUCCUCUCUUCUCGACGUCGCUCGCCGCGCUUGAGAAUCAGGUGCGCACCAUAACGACAACCUGCGCGAACAGUAUGCCCGGCAACGCGAGAAUAGCCUCACCUCCUCAGCACCCGUUCAACGGGAGCGAGAAGACGAGCAGUCCUCCGUGCGGGGGUAGCGUUGGCGGGGGUGGAGGCGGCGCGCCCCUGGACUUGACCCCCAGGGCCUCCUCGACCCCCGCAGACACCUCGACGUCGACACCAGACGCGACGCCUCCGCCCCCCGCUCAGGUCAGCUCGCAUCAAACCCCAGCGCCGCACCCCUUCGGGAUGUUCGCCGGCCUGCUCCAGGCCGUCUCCUCACCCCCGUCAACCAGCUCGAUGGGCAGCGUCGGGGGUGUGAACAGCAUCGCGACGAUGAGCUCGAGCAACCCGGGGAACGGUGCAAGCGGGCCGCUGGCCUCGCUAACGUCGUCCGCAGUCCUCGCUGCCACCUCCACCUACAACCCGCUCGGCCUAGCUGUCGGGGGGCCAGCAGUCCGUGGUAAUACGACCUGCAAUAUCUGCUACAAGACUUUCGCGUGUAACUCAGCCCUGGAAAUACACUAUCGAAGCCACACCAAGGAACGACCCUUCAAAUGCACAGUCUGCGAUCGGGGAUUCUCAACUAAGAACAACGGUUCGUGGGACCAGGACGUCUGCUCCUGCGCGAACCAAAGGAACCCUUUUCUGACAAACAUCACUACGACCACAACCACGAUCACGACCACUACCACUACCACAACCAACACCACCCUCCAAACUAGCCCCCAAUACAACCUUCAACCACCAUCAUUACCACCACCACCACCACCACCACGGUCACCCACCAGCAACCACGAGAGGCCCAAACGUAGGCGGCGGCGGCCUGAGGAACGGAAGAGCCGGGGGCGGUCUGGGUCCGGAGGGGGGCGGCAUCUGACAUAUGCUCCCGUUCGCCUGCCCCCGCUACUGCCCCCCGCCCUCGGGCUUCUCACCUCGGACCACGUCUUCCUGGGAAACAUGAAGCAGCACAUGCUGACUCAUAAGAUACGCGACAUGCCGCCUCAUCUGUUCAGCGACUCGAAAUCGGCCGGUCAGCAGCAGCAGCAACAGCAACAGCAGAUCGUACAGGAGCAGGAGACGUCCAGGAGUCCGAUGUGUUCCGACGACUCCAGCUUGCCGCCGCCACCUCCACCCCCACCACCUCCACCUCCGCCGAUGCCGCCACUCGCCAUGGAGUCAGCUGUCCCCGUGAAGAGAUCACCGCCAGAAGGUGAUUUACCUGCGCCAAAAAGACCGCCCAUGUGUGUGUUCGCAGGCAUGUCCAGCAAGCAUUUGUGCCAAGUUUGCAAUAAGAACUUCUCAUCGUCAUCGGCCCUCCAGAUCCACAUGAGAACACACACCGGUGACAAACCGUUCCGAUGCACCGUCUGUCAGAAGGCCUUCACCACCAAGGGAAACCUCAAGGUUCACAUGGGGACCCAUAUGUGGACGAAUGGUGCCUCCCGUCGAGGACGUCGCAUGUCGUUGGACCUGCCGCCGCUGCCAAUCACUCCGAAAGACUCGGAGUUUCUCCAGCGGAGGCCAGACCUUUUUUACCCAUACCUACCCGCACCAUUCCUUAACGGUGUUCAGCAAAAGCUGAACGAAAUAUCCGUGAUCCAGAACAGCAACGGUCUGCCGCCGCAUCAUGGAGGCGCGAGCAAAUACGCGGGACUUUUCGGUUCCGUUUACGGGGCGGGAUUCCCGUUGGAGAAACAGCCGAUGGCACCGACCAACGGGCCCCUGGGGGAGGGUAAAUCGUCGUUGCCGACGGGUUCGAUGCUGUUUCGAACCCCGUCGCCGUCGCAUUCGCCGGGAACGCCGUCAUCGAACACGGGCAACCAGAACUCGGCGAGCGUUCCUGCUUGGGGCAGCAGCGUCGUUGGGGGCGGCGGCGGCGGCGGCGGCGGCAGCGAGACGCUUCAGCGCCACUUUGAGAGGGAAGCGCCCUCGAGGUCCGACGACGAUUCGACGCCUUCGGCACCGCGGCUCCCACCUCCGCCUCCACCGAGGGGCGAAGGUCUGGCAGCGUGAGCCCUUUCGAACCCGGAGAGCUCGACCCGCGACUGAGAAUGAGUGUAUUAUCCAAUUCCGGAUGGAAUCCGGAACUGGCGAACGAACUCUGCAUGCAUAACGUCUCGUUGCUCAGAAGUAUUUCGCAGAGACUCGCAGCCUCGAGAACCAGGGUUCGAAGUCCCCUGGACUUGAAGCAUUCGCGGCUCCCUUAUUUUUGGUUUAGUCGGUUUUUGUUUGUUUGUUUUUUUUCUUUUUCUUCCACGCGAAUGCUGAGCAUACGAACGGCUCGAGUUGACGUUGUAACGAUGAAGACACCAUGUUCCUAUUAUCAGACUAGUCUUAAAGUGUAAAUUAUCGCCCACGAAUCAUAUGCUAGGUCUAGCUUGGCUUAGGACCCUUGAAUAUUUUCAAAGUUCAGGACCUGUUUAAAAGAAGUGUGUCGUUUUUUUUUUUUUUUUCGUUUUUUCAAAUGUUUCCUUGCAAUAUGCACAUGGUCUUUAUGUCACGAUCUCCAUUACCCUCGAUGCGAAAGUGUCCCGCAUUCGUCGACUUAACGAAGCGUCGUAGUACAUUGCGCAGCUCUCUUUAAGAAGUACGACUCGAAAGUCAAUGUUCCUCGGUUUACGGCUUUGACGGGAUUUAAAUUGAACGAUUCUCUCCGUCAAGUUAUAUUUUAAUAAAAAUCGACAUAUCCCUCUUGUAACAGCUUAUAAAAACUGCAUAUACCUGCAACGUCGUGAAACCGCAGAGUUGGUGACAUGAAGGCCCUGUAUGACAGAGACGUUUUAUGUGUAAAUAUAACAUUAUAUACAUGUAGCAUAUAACAUAGCGAUGCAUAACUUAUAAAAAUAAGGUGUAAUCGUAUCGUAAACGAGGGUCGGUACCUUGGCGCGGUGCCUAGACUGAGCUACGCCCGGCGAGGACGAGCCGUAAGACAAGUGGCGCCGCGUACGAGGGACCCUCUUUAAGACCGUCCACGAGAGUGAUGGUCCCACCUAGGGUAAGUGCAGACAUGUCUACGAGACGUAUGAUUUAAUAUAUAAAUACCAUGACGAGAGUGUAACUAAACGGAAAAAAAAUCACACGGGCCCACACAAACACACGCACGCACACGCAGACAAAUGACACACACGCGCGCGUUGUAUAUUAUUACGACACUGUAUAAUUAUCAUAUUUUUAUUAUUAUUAUUAUUAUUAUUAUUAUUGUUGUUGUUAUAGGACGAGUAAAUUAUCAGUUUACCAUAAUCACGCGCAUUCUGUAAUCGGCGCAGUGUUUUACCUAUUGGGUUAUAUUAUUACUUGUGUGCGUGUGUAUGUGCGUUUGGAAGAGAGCGUGCAGAGAUAGAGAGAGUGUGUGUGAGAGAGAGAGAGAGAGAGUGUAAAACGUAUCGUGAAUCUAUAACUGUGAGAAAAAUUUAAUGAUUGAGAAUGGAUGGCAACGAUCUGCGAUCAUAUUAUACAACAUAGUAGUAUAAGAUGAUGGAUAUUAUUAUAUCGCGAUAUGUAAAGGGCAGGGGAAUUGCAUGAGACAUCGGAAAGCGCUGAUAAUAAGGUUGAGGCGGGCUCGGCGGCACCCCUCGCUGUGAUAUAUAUGAGAGGAGCAGCCUGCAAUCAUUUAAACCAAUGUACUUGUAAAUUCUGUAUUAUAGCAUUACCAUUACCAUUAUCAUUAUUAUUAUUAUUAUUAUUAUCAUUAUUGUU